CUCUGGCGACAUCGUCCUCCUCCCAUUCGUGUGCCGUGUGCAGACAAAGACCCAAAGCGCUUGACAAAAAUUUCGCAGCGCGAUCAGUCGAAAAUCGUUGUUAAUCGAAGCUAAACUAAAAUUAAGCAUUUUUCUUUAGCGAAUUUUGUUAUUACGAACGAAAAAUAAUAAUAAGUAAUUUGUAUUCGAGUAGAUCAUUUUGAUAGUGUUAACCGAAAACCGAAUCCGAAACACAGACAGAAUGCCUUCCUUCCAACCGAUCGAGGCCCCCAAGUGUCCGCGCUGCGGCAAAAGUGUCUACGCCGCCGAGGAGCGUCUGGCCGGUGGCUAUGUCUUCCACAAGAACUGCUUCAAGUGCGGCAUGUGCAAUAAAUCCCUGGACUCCACCAACUGCACAGAGCACGAGCGCGAACUGUACUGCAAGACCUGCCACGGCAGGAAGUUUGGACCCAAGGGCUAUGGCUUCGGUACCGGUGCCGGCACUCUUUCCAUGGACAAUGGAUCACAGUUCCUGCGCGAGAACGGCGAUGGGCCGUCGGUGAGGAAUGGUGCCAGGCUGGAGCCCCGUGCCAUUGCCCGUGCCCCGGAGGGUGAGGGCUGUCCGCGUUGCGGCGGCUAUGUCUAUGCCGCCGAACAGAUGCUGGCCCGCGGCCGUAGCUGGCACAAGGAGUGCUUCAAGUGCGGCAGCUGCAAGAAGGGUCUCGACUCGAUCCUGUGCUGCGAGGCUCCGGACAAGAACAUCUACUGCAAGGGCUGCUACGCCAAGAAGUUCGGUCCCAAGGGCUAUGGCUACGGCCAGGGCGGCGGUGCCCUCCAGUCCGAUUGCUAUGCCCAUGAUGACGGUGCUCCGCAGAUCCGUGCCGCCAUCGAGGUGGACAAGAUCCAGGCCCGUCCCGGUGAGGGUUGCCCGCGUUGCGGUGGCGUCGUCUAUGCCGCCGAGCAGAAGCUGUCGAAGGGUCGCGAGUGGCACAAGAAGUGCUUCAACUGCAAGGACUGCCACAAGACCCUGGACUCGAUCAACGCCAGCGAUGGACCCGAUCGCGACAUCUACUGCCGCACCUGCUACGGCAAGAAGUGGGGUCCCCAUGGCUAUGGAUUCGCCUGCGGCUCCGGCUUCCUGCAGACCGAUGGCCUGACCGAGGAUCAGAUCAGUGCCAACCGGCCGUUCUACAAUCCGGACACCACCUCGAUCAAGGCCCGCGAGGGCGAGGGAUGCCCCCGAUGCGGCGGCGCCGUGUUCGCUGCCGAGCAGCAGCUGUCCAAGGGCAAGGUGUGGCACAAGAAGUGCUACAACUGCGCCGACUGCCACCGGCCACUGGACUCGAUGCUGGCCUGUGACGGACCCGACGGCGAGAUCCAUUGCCGCGCCUGCUACGGCAAGCUCUUCGGACCCAAGGGCUUCGGCUACGGCCAUGCCCCCACUCUGGUGUCGACCAGUGGCGAGAGCACCAUCCAGUUCCCCGACGGCCGUCCCCUGAACGGACCCAAGACAUCCGGCGGAUGCCCGCGUUGCGGAUUCGCGGUGUUUGCCGCCGAGCAGAUGAUCAGCAAGACCAGGAUCUGGCACAAGAGGUGCUUCUACUGCUCGGACUGCCGGAAAUCGCUCGACUCGACGAAUCUGAACGAUGGACCCGAUGGCGACAUCUACUGCCGGGCCUGCUACGGCCGCAACUUCGGGCCCAAGGGCGUGGGCUACGGUCUGGGCGCGGGCGCUCUCACCACCUUCUAAACUCUUAAUUCUAAAUUCUAAUCUGCGUUCUAAUUUAUGAAACCGAAACCGAAACCGAAUAUCACAACCCACAUCCAUGUCUGUGAACCGUUCCGUUCCGAUAUAUUUUCUCUAAUAAUAUAUGACCUGUCUGUUAUGACUAAUCCAGAACCCAGAAACCAUCCCAGAAAACUAGCUAACUUAGUCUUCGUUCCAACGAUUUUUGAUCAACGAUGCAGUACGAUUAUAGAAUUGCAAAUCAUUUUCUUUAGGUUAUGUGAGAAUAAGUUUAAUAUUGAAACAAAAAAAAAACAAAAAAUAUGAGAAAAAAAACCUAAUAAAUGGAAAAAAAAUUUUGAAAACUUACAAACUUGAAACCAAAAAAGAACUUACGACUCAAAGCGACAAACAACUAACCAUCGAACACACAAACUAACGAAUCAACAAACAAACCCCCAAAAACGACCAAGAAAAGGAUAACUUUCUACAGGUACUACCACUUUCUACCACGAGAUAUAUAUAGAGAGUCCCUAGAAAGCGAAGGAAGAAACUAUUGCGAGCCAAGUCGUCUAUUAUCUAUUAUCUUUUUUUAAUAAAAUCCAAAAUAUAUAUCUCUAUUUUCGAUUAGCAGACAAGUAUGUAUUUUGCUCCAAACCAAAUAUACCCCCAGAAAUCAUACUUUGUGCGAAAUUGAUAAUUUUCUUGUACGAUAUUGAAUGAUAUGAUGUGUUGUAUAUUUAGAUGAUUUAGUUCUUACGAUAUAUAAUAUACUUACGAAAUCUUUAUUAUUUAUAAUGAUAUAUUUCAACGAUUUCACACACGCACUCUUCUAAUCUCUUGCAUUCUGAUUCGGAUGCGAGCCAUGGCAUAUAUGUGGCAUUAAAUAUUUAUAUAUAUAUACUAUAUAUCGCAUACAUAUUCAUCCAACACUCACAUAACAUCCAAUAAUAUAUAUGCCCCAGUGGGUUCCAUGAAAACAAAA